GAUAAGAGCCGUCUCGGUGAUAAGACGACAUUGCCUGACAUUCAGUCCAAGAACAUUCCAUACACGUGCAUUCGUUAUAAUGAGGUUGGCACUCGUGUUCUGGUUGUGUUCGGGCGCCGUGUUCUGUGGACCCGUGGACCAGCACGCCACAUCGGAAACCAAGAACCUGUACUACAGCUUGAAGACGUUUGCCCGUGACCCGAACAAGGUGUUAUUUGGCCACCAGGAGGACACGUGGUCUGGGGGUGAGGGAGGACACGCCCCUUACCAGACCUACUCCCAUAAUGGUUCUAUACAGGGUUGGUGGUUCAAGACCGGACAAGUGGACAGUUAUGCACAGGACGAGCUGUCGGACGUCAAGAGAGUCACUGGUGAGUAUCCUGCAGUCAUAGGAUUCGAUUUCACCAACUUCGAACCGGAUAAACUGAAGAUCAUGACGUACCUGGUGAAGAAGGCCCACGAGAAGGGGCUGGUGGUGACCAUCUUGCAACACAACUCCAACCCUGUCACUGGGGGCUCGCUACGGAUCGAGCAGGACCAUGGCAACGUCCUUCACACCAUCAAGAGACUCCUUCCCGGAGGUGACCAUAACGCCGUGUACAGACAGAACCUUGACAAGAUCGCAGGAUGGGCGCACAGCCUGAAGGAUAAACACGGCCGCCUGAUACCCGUCAUCUUUCGACCACUUCACGAACAAAAUGGCGGCUGGUUCUGGUGGGGAUUAAACAACAAGGCCCAUAACUCGCCCCAGGAUUUGAAGGACCUUUUCAAGUACAUUGUGACGUAUCUCCGUGAUCACAAAGCCGUGAGGAACUUCCUCUAUUGCAUCAGCCCGGACAAGUUUACCAGCAAAGACGAUUACCUUAAAAUAUACCCCGGUGACGACUAUGUUGACAUCGUCGGUACCGAUUUCUACUACGUCGACAAAUGGUCCACUAAGGACCAGUUUAAGAGAAUUAUUACAGACAUCGUGGAAAUUGCGGAGGCCAGGGAUAAGAUUCCUGCCCUGACGGAAUCGGGUUUGUUUUAUAACGGCAUCAACCAACAACAUCAGUUCUGGAACGACCACGUUCUUGACAUCCUCAAAUCCACGUCAACUACACGUCGACUCGCCUACGUCCUGGCAUGGGCCAACAAGUGCUGGACUGACGUCUGUCAGCUGUGGGUUCCUUAUCGAGGUCAUCCUGCCGCGGGUAGUUUCAAGAGCCACUUCUAUAACGAUGCCAUGACCGUAUUUGGCAAUGGACUCCAUAAUAUCUACGGUUGAAUUUUUUCAAUUAAAGGAAAAGGAAUAA